GGAACAACAAAAAACCCAAUCCCCUUUCCUCACCUUCUAUCAACAAAACCCUAAACCCCGUUUCCGAACUCUCUCACACUCGUUUCCGAGCUCUGAACCUUUUCUUCUCCUUCUUCCUCGAAACGAUGGCGACUCAGAUCUUCUCUCGAAUCAUCCCCAAAUCCCUAACCCUAACUCCUUUCAUCUCUCGCUCACUCUCUUCCUCCACCUCCACCACCCUCGCUGCUGCUUCCUUCCUCCGCCGCCUCCGCCCUCUCGCCUCCGUCGCCUACCCCACCCUCCGCGGCCUCUUCCUCCCUUCUCGUUCCUCUUCCGCCCUCUUCUCCACCCGCGCCUCCACCUCCUCGCUUAACGACCCUAACCCCAACUGGUCCAACCGUCCACCGAAGGAAACUAUCCUCCUCGACGGUUGCGACUUCGAGCACUGGCUCGUCGUCAUGGAGAAGCCUGAAGGAGACCCAACCCGCGAUGAGAUCAUUGAUUCCUACAUCAAAAUCCUGGCUCAAGUCAUUGGAAGUGAAGAAGAAGCAAGGAUGAAGAUAUAUUCGGUUUCAACUAGGCACUACUUUGCGUUUGGGGCACUUGUAUCCGAAGAACUUUCAUACAAAAUCAAAGAGUUGCCUAGAGUUCGUUGGGUACUUCCUGACUCGUAUUUGAAUGUCAAGGAAAAAGAUUAUGGAGGUGAACCCUUCAUCAAUGGACAAGCUGUACCAUAUGAUCCCAAGUAUCACGAGGAGUGGGUUAGAAACAAUGCCCGAGCAAAUGAAAGGAACAGGCGCAAUGACAGGCCUCGGAAUGCUGACAGGUCAAGAAACUUUGAUAGGAGGAGGGAAAAUGUGGUGAACCGAGACAUGCAGGGUAGGCCUCCCAUGCCAACAACCCAGGUGCUGGUCCUGGUCCUAACAUGAGUGGUGCACCACCCAACAACCCAGGUGCAUACCCUCCCAACAACCAAGGCGGAUAUGCUCCUCCUGGCGGCCCAGGUGGAUACGUUCCCAACAACCAAGGUGGAUAUGCUCCCCCUGGCGGCCAAGGUGGAUAUGCACCCCAAAAUGCAGGUGGAUAUGCAGCUCAAAAUGCUGGCGGAUACCAACCACAGAAUGCACCAGGUGCCUAUCCUCCCCGCAACCCACCUCCUAACACGGGGGCUACUCCUCCAAACAGUGGAUAUGGUCAAAUGGGAGGUGUGCCACAGAAUAACUAUGGCGGAAACAUGGGAGGAGGAGUGCCUCCAAACCAGAACACGGGAGGAGGAGUGCCUCCAAACCAGAACAUGGGUGGGGUUCCACCAAACCAGAACAUGGGUGGGGUUCCACCAAACCAGAGCAUGGGUGGGGUUCCACCAGGAUGGUCGAACAAUGCUUCCAACAGGGACUACCAGCCUAGAGACAUUCCAAGCAGGGAUUUCGGAGGCCCAGCUGGUGGGAACACGUACACUGCCUGAGGUGUGACGAUUUGCAGAGAUUCUUGUGCUGCAAUGUAGAUAAAGAAGAAUUUUCUUGAAGACAACUUCAGGUUCUAGCUGAUAGGUCGCCUGGACUGCUUGAUUUCCACUUAGACCUUGUAAGCCUGGAAGCUGCGACUAAGAUGAUGAUUUAUGCUUGGUUGGAAAAAGAAAAUUAAUUGCUAUUUUGGUUAGUUUAUUGGUUCUGUUUCACUUUGUUCCCCUGUAAAACUGAGUACAUCAUAUAAGCGUGAUAUAUCAAGUAUAUGGAAUAUUGGAAUAUAUGCUAUGGAGUUCCAAACAUAGAUAUGCUAUUUUGCUCCCAUAUAUUGUCUGUUUAGAAAGCAUGAUUGGUAAUUUGGUAUUUUAUGCUAACUAGUUCCAAGCAUAGAUAUGGAGUUCCUAACUGAUCAGUGUACAAGACUAAAAGAUAUAAUUGGUAUUUUAUUCUAACUACUUCCAUUGAUCUUGUAUUAUUGAAUAUUUUAGCUAUACAAUUAGGGCAUAGAUACUUGUAUUAUUGAAUGGUAAAGCCUAAUUGCUCUUUGAAUAUAAUCAAGCUCCCCCUUCAACUCAUGGUACAUUUUUCUUUUCAGUUUUUGUUAGUAUGCUUUUUAACUUGGUAGUUUUAACCAAUAAUCCAUCACACUGAUUUUUUCCCCCAGCCAAGAGCUUCUAGCUGCAGUGGAGGCUGAAAAGCGCUUAAUAUCCAGAAAUGAACAUUCAUCUUCAUACGCCAGCUCUCCUAGUCCCCUUGAACGACUCAAUGAUGAUCAUGUGAGAUUGUGAGUGAUUGGAAAAGUAUUAUAUCUGUUUUAUUUUGCUAAUCUUUACUUGUAUGAUUGUGUUGAUACAAGAUUAUAAGUAUUCAUUUCAUGGACUUCAGGUAAAAAGAAAAAAAAAAUUCAACAAUUUUAGGUUGAUUAUUAUUAGGAAGUAUAGUGAUUUCAUUUGAUUUUGACCUUAACUUGAUUAUUGGGUCUAUAUUGAGUAAUCAAUCAAUUAAUUAAUUAAUUAAUUAAUUCAAGUAUAGUGAUGAUGAUGAUUACGACCAUGGAUAUAUAUGUUAGGAUUUGAGGGUUUUACUGAACCUAGCUAGCAAAACUUGUUUAAAACAUAGAUAAAAUUUUGUGAAAGAUAGAUUUAUGAGUUUUGUUAAUGGAUUAAUUAUGAUCAUGCUUGCUUACAUAUAUAUCAUUAUAAUUAUUUUUUUAUAUAAUUAUAUAGAAUAAUUUUGGGGAUGUUAAUGAAAAUAUAGAUGUUAAUCACGAUGGUUUAUUGGUAAAGAUGAAGUGUUGGGAAUUGAAAGAUGGUUAAUUAAUGAUUUUUAUUAGAAGGUAUUUAUGUAGGAUACAAUAUUUUAUUAGUUUUUACUAGAAGAUAUUUAUGUAGGAU